UUCUAAAUGUGACAGCAAAUUUCCUCAAUAUUAGCAUUGACACUAAAGUUCAUCAUGAGGAUGACAGUGAACACUAAUGUGAAGCUAAAGAGGCAAAAUACUAUGGAGGACUCAAAAUGACUUAAGUAUAAAUAAAUAAAUAAAUGCAUGAAUAAAUAUAGGAAUAAAUAAAUAAAUGCUUAAAUAAAUGUAUAAAUGAAUAAAUAAAUGUAUAAAUAAAUAAAUAAAUACAGGAAUGAAUAAAUAUAAGUUAUAAAUCAACAGGACAUCAUUAAAUAAAUAUAUUUCUACAUUUCUGUAUUUCUUCAUUUAUUUAUUUCUCUAUUUAUGUGUCCACACGUAUUUCUUCAUGUAUUUAUGUGUGACAUUUACGUGUCCGUAUAUUCAAAUGAGCUGGGCGGUCCGAACCUCAUUGUUGAACAGGAUUGGUCAAAUCAGGGAGCAAGACAGAAGUAAUCGAUCCCUAGCACUUGGACCUGUAGACGAACAGCGUGUAUUAUGCAUUCUUGUCUGUACAUUCUAAAUACUACUGUUGUUGAGUCACGGAAUGUAAUUUAAGGAUGUUUUCAGUCGAGAAGUUAGUAGUUUAAGCAUCAAAUCUGUGGUCGGUUUAUCGAGAUUCAGCCUAAUAAGGAUAUGCGACGGAGAUUUGAGGUCCUGCUCGCGGGACCAGUGAGCUCCGGGCGCUCAGCGCGCUGUGUGGCCGCCGAGAGCAGCCUGAUCUCGGCAGGACUUUUUGAAAUGCUCCGUUGGCUCUGACGCCUCCGUAGCGGCUAAACAUUAGAUAUAAUUAGGUUUUGGAGGAUCUAAAGAGCACAACGAGUUUAUUAUUUAUUAAAAGAUAACGUUACGUCAAUUUGACUGAGAUUCAUAACUUCAUAUUGUAGCGACCCUCUGUCAGGAUGGAAAGCUACGAGACGUUUUAUAGUUAUUACCGUUUAUUCGGGAACAAGUACCAGGCUACUGUGGGCGGAGUAUACGCCAAACGACAGUGAACACCGCAACACAUUCUACUCAACUGUAAAGUAUUUUACAGUGAAUAAUUGGAGUAAAUUCAUGAUGUGGUGACGUCACACGACCAGAAAGACCGUCCUGCGUCCUCGAGAGUCUGGACUACCAAGACCAGACUCCCAAGACCAGACUCCAAAGACUAGACUCCCAAGACCAGACUCCAAAAGAACACGAGUCUGUACUCAGUGCACUUGGAAUUGAUAAACGGCUGAAGUCAAAAAGCUGUCUAGGCUAACUUCUGCUAACGGUGAGCUGAGCGAGCCAACUUCAGCUUCAUGUGCCAGGCAGAAGUAGUAGAGCACAACACACCAGGUGCAUCACACUCCGGUGACCAAUCAUGCUUCAGACAGAGGUUCGGACCGCCCCAGCUCAUUUGAAUAUACGGACACGUAAAUGUCACACAUAAAUAAAUGAAGAAAUACGUGUGGACACAUAAAUAGAGAAAUAAAUAAAUGAAGAAAUACAGAAAUGUAGAAAUAUAUUUAUUUAAUGAUGUCCUGUUGAUUUAUAACUUAUAUUUAUUCAUUCCUGUAUUUAUUUAUUUAUUUAUACAUUUAUUUAAGCAUUUAUUUAUUUAUUUAUACAUUUAUUUAAGCAUUUAUACAUUUAUUUCAGCAUUUAUUUAUUUAUUCCCAUAUUUAUUCAUGCUUUUAUUUAUUUAUACUUAUGUCAUUUUGAGUCCUCCAUAAAAUACUGUUGUAUUACUUUAUAAAUGUUUAAGGGGCUCAAUUGGGAUUAUUUGGAAACAUGGAUAUACAGAAAGAUAAUUUAUCAGAGUAUGUCGUUGCAGUAUUGUUUUUCUCGUGUGUCAAACUGUCUCAGGUGUCUCAGAUCAUUACACUCAAAACAUCACAUUGUACAGAACAAUACUUCUUUACACUCCCUGACUGCUGAAAUUAAAAUGACAACCUGAUUAAAUAUAGAUCAUAGAGUAUAGCAUUGUUAAAUCAUUAAGCAUAAAAACAAAUGCUUGUUUAAAAAGUUGUCAAAAGUAACUAAGUACAUUUACUCAAGUACUGUACUUAGUAUUUCUAUUUUCUGCUCCUUUGUAGUAUACUCUACUUCUACUAUAUUUCUGAGGGAAAUAUUGUAUCUUUUACUUCACCUCAUUUAUCUGAGAGCUGAUAUUACUAUCACAUUCAGAUUAUUAAUACACAUUCAAAUUAACUGAUACAUUGUGAUGUAUUAUUAUAGGUUAAGCAACCCAGCUGCAACAGUGAUAAUUAUCACACAAUAAUAUAUUAUAAAAUGGGACAAUAUUCAUGAGUAUUGUUUUUAAGUAAGUUUAUUUGGAUUUGUACACUGUAGUACUUUAGGUACAAUUUUCAAUCCAGGACUUCUAUUGGAUUAUUGUUGUGUUGCUACUUUGACUUCAUUAAAAUAUGUGAGUAUUUUGUAUUAUGUAGUUCUAAAAACGACACACGCUGGGGCACGAUGUUCCCUUACGUUUCAAGUCGACCAAUCACGAGAGACCUUGUUCAGCUGCAUCCAAUAGCAGCAGCUGUUGUUGUAUCGGAGUGGGAAGGGCAGACCGCUGCAGCUGGGCAUACAGUUUAUUUCACUGAGUGCAGAUAAACGUGGUGGAUUACGUCUUUCCCGAAAGCAGCGGCUCCUGACAGUGUGCGCAUGGGGGGAAACAGCCCGAGUCACCUCGAGGAGGGGGACGCCGGAGGAGUGACUUUUGUGAAGGGCAUUCGGCUGUCAGAUAAAGUGAUCCACCGGAUGAAAGAGUCUUCGAACGCCGUUCCCCGGGUCUCACGCGAUGGAUCUCCACAAACGCCAACGCCCACUCCAGUCAAACACUUGAUACCUCAUCUGACGACGACGCCUCCAUUCGUUACACCUCCGUCAGCGGAGCCUUCUCCUGUAAAACGGGCCCCUCCCCCAGCUGUAAAGUUUCACGCCCUGCCUCCUGCCUCUGUGGAGCCUCCGCCUCCACCUGUCGAGCCAAAGGCCCCACUACUAAAUGAGCCUGUUGUCUCAGAUGCUGCUGCACCACCUCCUCCUCCACAAGAAGCCCCACCCACACCUCCAUCAGUGGAACCUCCUCCUGUAAAGUUCCACUCCCUUCCUCCUCUGGUGGAGCCUGAAGCCCCACCAAAAACUCCACUUCUAACCAUCCCUGUUGUAGCAGCCCCUCCUCCAGCUUCUCUACAUGUAGAAACACCUGUGGAGCUGGAAUCGCCUCCUCCUCCUCCACCAGCUGCAGGGGAGCCAGUAGUCCUACCUCCUCCUGAAUUCGUCGUCCCACCUCGCGUGGCGCCAGAAACCCCGUCUACUCCGGCGAUGGCAGAACACGUCUUCAAACCCGUUGUCCUACCUCCACCUGUAGAAUCGUCUGUAGCUCCACCUGAACCGUUAGCUUCACUGCUGCCUUCUGAAACGCCUCCACCUGUUGAACCUGCUGCUGCAACUCCCUCGUUUGAACCUCUUGAAUCUGUUAUAAUAAAGGAGGGAACGGUUCCACCUCCACCCACUGUUGAAUUUACACCAGCUGAACCAAUAACACCAACAUGUCCUCUUGAUUCAGCUCCAGUUGAAGCUCCAGUUGUAACGACGCCAGUGGAGGCGACUCCUGUUGAGCCCGCAGUCAGAGUGUCUCCUGUCCUGGUUUCAGCUGUCCAUCCACCCUCUCCACCUCCUCCAGAGCCGGUGGCAGCACCCUCUCCACCUCCUCCUCCUAUGGAGUCUGUGGCAGCACCCUCUCCACCUCCUCCAGAGCCGGUGGCAGCACCCUCUCCACUUCUAGAGCCGGUGGCAGCACCCUCUCCACCUCCUCCUCCUAUGGAGUCUGUGGCAGCACCCUCUCCACCUCCUCCAGAGCAGGUGGCAGCACCCUCUCCACCUCCUCCAGAGCCGGUGGCAGCACCCUCUCCACUUCUAGAGCCGGUGGCAGCACCCUCUCCUCCUCAUCCAGAGCAGGUGGCAGCACCCUCUCCUCCUCCUCCUAUGGAGUCUGUGGCAGCACCCUCUCCUCCUCCUCCUCCUAUGGAGUCUGUGGCAGCACCCUCUCCUCCUCCAGAGCCGGUGGCAGCACCCUCUCCUCCUCCUCCUAUGGAGUCUGUGGCAGCACCCUCUCCUCCUCCUCCAGAGCCGGUGGCAGCACCCUCUCCUCCUCCUCCUAUGGAGUCUGUGGCAGCACCCUCUCCUCCUCCUCCAGAGCAGGUGGCAGCACCCUCUCCUCCUCCUCCAGAGCCGGUGGCAGCACCCUCUCCUCCUCCUCCAGAGCAGGUGGCAGCACCCUCUCCUCCUCCUCCAGAGCAGGUGGCAGCACCCUCUCCUCCUCCAGAGCAGGUGGCAGCACCCUCUCCUCCUCCUCCAGAGUCUGUGGCAGCACCCUCUCCUCCUCCAGAGCAGGUGGCAGCACCCUCUCCUCCUCCUCCAGAGCAGGUGGCAGCACCCUCUCCUCCUCAGGAGCCGGUGGCAGCACCCUCUCCUCCUCCUGUGGAGCCGGUGGCAGCACCCUCUCCACCUCCUCCAGAGCAGGUGGCAGCACCCUCUCCUCCUCCUGUGGAGCCGGUGGCAGCACCCUCUCCACCACCUCCGAUGCUGAUGGCAGCACCUCCUCCUGUUCCGGAGCUCACUUUUGAGGAGCCGUCCCCACCCUGUCACUGUGUGGAGCUGGCCAUCAUACCCACUGGAGGCGAACCCCUCGUAGAGCAACUGGCACCACCUCCACCCUCUCCACCUCCUCCUGCUGAGUCGCCCACAUUGACUGUGACUCUGCCCCUUGUUGUUGAGGAGGAAGUACCUGUUGUUGUUGUUGUUGAGGACAAAGUCUGUGUUGUUGCCUCGGUAACACCACCUGCAGCAGCUCCACCCGUUCCUCCUGAGGUGGUGGAGGAAGAGUUGAGGCAGAAGAUCAAAGAGGAGAUGCAGAUGAGUCUGGAGGAGGAGAUCGACCAGAAGAGGCAGCAGCUGCAGCGACAGCUGCAAGAGAUGAGGGCUCAGGCUCACGCAGAGGCCCAAGCAGCCGCUCGGGCUCAGGUGGAGGAGCAGGUGAGGAAGACGCUGGAGACGGAGAAGGCGGCGUACGGGGAGAAGCUGACCGACUCCAUCAUGAGGGAGCGGAUGAAGACGAACGACGAGAGGCUGAUGUUGCAGCUCUAUCGGAUGGAGCUGAAGGCUCACCAGCUGGAGGAGAGGGAGAAAGAGUUGAUGAAACGAGACGUUCUCUACAAGAAACACGUCUCCAAACUUGAGGCGAAGUGCUCUGCGUUUUUCAAAGUGACUGCUGAGAGCUUCCAGAAGGGCAAAGAGGACACUCGCAACCGGUUUGCGCGUUUCGACAUCCAGCCGGUGUGUGGUGACCUGCAGAGUCAGAUUCUGAAAUGCUACAAGGAGAACACGGGGAAGACGCUGUCGUGCUCCAGCAUCGCCUCGGCCUACAUGCAGUGUGUCGACAACGCCAAGAAGAAUAAAUUGAGCCCUGGAGGUUGAUGCGGACCACUUGAUGAAGAUGGAAACAAGCAAAUCACGGAAGAAUCGACUCGCGCCUUCACAUACGUCUGGAAAGAGUGCCACAUAACCAGUGUAGUAACUGGUCUGGUACUGGUAAUGUCAUGUUUUCAACCUCUCUGGUUCUUGGGAUCAUCUUAAAACCAAUUGUGCCACAACAAUAGCAGACGGAUCAUUUCAUUUUGUGUGUCUUUGUAAAUGAAGAGAAGCACAGAAAAGGGAAAAGUUGAUCUUUUGAAAAAUAUAUUACGGUGUUUGAGAUAUAUACUGAAUGAAAUCUGUUUUUUUGCUCGUGCGUGUCUUUUGAAAAUUGUGAAAGCUAAUUAACAGAUGCAUGAAAGAACUAUUUAAGAAGAGUGAAGAAUGAGGAGUAACAAAGACCUGUACAUACCUGAGUUUGUUGAUUCUGUUUAUACAUUUUUUUUCUGGGGCAAGUAAAACCAAUCGAUAAGUCUCAAUAAACUUUGUUGUGGAAUCACA